GAUCAACAGGAAAUGAUCAGGGUUCCUCUGUCUAACUUAAGAACACCAAACCUUUAGUGCAGCAGCAGCUGUGUGUAUUUGUUAUCAGGACUUUAACUGGAGAUGAAGAUGUUGCUGCCACUCCUGCUCCUCGUACUCGUUUCCCAGCAUGCCCUGGCUCCAGUGGUGGAGGUGUAUGAGGGGGAAAUAUCUGUCCUGUUGCCUUGCGAGUACUCAGGUUUUAUACCUGAGGACAGUCCCACAGUGCUGUGGACUCGCAAUGAUCUCAACCCCAAAUCUGUCCACCUACGACGAGAGGAAACAGAUGAUCUGAAAGGGCAACACCAGCGUUACAGAGGGCGCACAUCAAUGAGGCCUGAUGCUCUGGACAUUUUAGACUUCAGCCUCACUCUGAGAAACCCCAGACUGACUGAUAGCGGCAACUACACCUGCUCCAUCAGAAAUGAAAGAGAUGAAUUGAAACUGACAGACAUACAGCUGCAUGUCAAAGACCAACAGGUGGAGGUGGAGGUCGUUGAAGGAUCAGACUCUGUCAUCCUGCCCUGCAACACAACACCUGACCUGCCGGAGGACACCAGAGUGGAGUGGAUGAGAUUUGACCAAGAAAUCAUGAUGGUCCAUGAGUAUUCAAAUGGAAGUGACCGACUUAAGCACCAGGACGACCGUUACUGUGAUCGCACAAAGAUGAAUGAAGACCUGCUGAGAACUGGAGACCUCAGUCUGACCCUGAAUUACCCCACAGAUGGAGACAGUGGAGGAUACAUCUGCACCAUCUACAGGGACAAAGACAUCCAGAAGCAGAAAGUAGUGCUGCAGGUCAAAGAACAGUUUCCUCUUUGGGCCACAGCUCUCCUGGUUCUCCUUGUUCUUCUUGUGGUUUCUGGAGGUCUUUUAUUUUAUUUCCGGCACUAUUUGAUGGCAGUCCCCUGGGUGGGGGUGGACUCAGGGGUGGAGUCUGUCCAGCUGAUCUGCAAAACCACAGUUUGCCUGCCUAAAGAUGCUAAAGUGGAGUGGAAGGACAAGGACAACAGGAAGGUCCACGUGUAUGAGAACGGCUCUGACCAGCCUGAAGAACAGGACGAUAAAUACAAGAACCGAACAAAGAUGAAGAGAAACUUACUGGAACCUGGAGACCUCAGUCUGACCCUGAAACACCCCACAGAUGGAGACAACUCCACCUACACCUGCACCGUCUACAGCAGGGAGGGAAACAUCCUGCUGAAGAGAAAGGUGGAGCUGAAAGUCAGAGGUCAGUGCUGUAGAUACAGGUCAAAGGUCAGAGGUCAGACCCAUGAUGGUGGUUCAGUCUCAGUGGGCUCCAUCCAAUAAUGUUACAGUGUUAGCAUGUCUGAUGUUUGUGGCUGUUUUGAUUUCCAGCCAAAUGUAAAAGCUUCAGCAGAUGAACUGUAGGAGCAAAGUUCAUGUGUGAGACUUCAUCUGAAAGGUAACAUCUUCUAGUUUCUGAACAUGUGUUUGUUUAGCAUGUGGCUAAAACACAGGCUAAGCUAAGUCAGUUCAAACAUCAGUAAAAACCUUCUUUUGUCAUGAUUCGGCUGUGUGGCUGGCAGGAAGUGGACCCAAACGCAAGCUCACGGAGGCAGGAAUGAACUCAAAACACAGCUUUAUUGCUGGACAGGAAAACCAUACAAACUAAACUGGAAACUAUAACAUAUUACACGGAGAAACACACGGCCAGAACUGAGGGAGACGCAGACAUAAAUACACAGAGGGUUAAUGAGGGAAGUGGGAGCACACGGGGAACACAGGUGACACUGAUAAUCAUAACAAGACAUGGCAGGAGUAGUAAACACGACACUGACGGGAGACUGUCAAAGUAAAACAGGAAGUACAGAGGUUCAGACAAGCGGAGAGAGUGCACGACAUAACGGGCUGGGAAAAACAUGGAAUAAAACACAAGGAGGGGAACGAGGGUCUACAGAUACACAGAGGAGCACACAGGGGGUAAUCAAAUAAGGAGCAUCUUAACAGAACAACCUAGAAACCAGGGCACAAGUAAAGAACAAAACACAAAACACACGAAAACUAAGAAUACUGGGCCAACAUGGCCCAGGAUCAUGACAUCUUUGGUCCUCGUCUAUAAUCAGUCAUAUCUGAGUCACAAUAACUAGAAGAUGAUUUCUAGCAGAACUGUGAAAAUCUCCACAUCCUUUCUCCAUGUUAUCAUCCAAAGCUGUGUGAAGUUUCAGAGCUCUGCAGCUAACAGAGACUUUCAGUUUGCUGCUUUCUUCCUCUGACAGCUCCAUUCUUAGGGAGCGUUAGUUCUCUGUUUCACUUUAUUCCACUUAUUCAGUCUGAUGCUCUCUGAUCUGUUUCUCUUGUUUAGUGUCUUAAAUGCUGCCAGUGCCUCUCUUUGCUUUAACCAACCUUUCGCUUUAUUUCUGAGCUUUUUAAGGACUUUAACUGAUGCAUCAACCUUUGAAAAUGGAAAGAAAUCAGUCAGAUUCAUGGCUGCAUCAAAGUGUCACAUGUAGUUCUCCCACAUCAGCUGGAUUAUAUCUAUAGCAGCAAACAGCAGCUGAUCCACAAAUC